UCUAAUUAGAAUUAUUCCGCUAUAUUUAUAAAUGUAAGAUCUGCUCCAAAUUGUUUGCCUGCACUGUCUCCUUAAACUGCUUUCAAGAUGAAGAUGCUGUUGGUAUAUUUUCUUUGUUGUCUGGCGAUCAAAAAGACUUUGGCAUUGCCAGCGCAUUUAAAUCAUGUGAAGAAAUAUGAAGUGGUGAAACCUUUUGAGUUGAAAAGAGAAUGCAAGGGAAAGGACUGUGAUUUAAAACGUGAAUACAUCAUUCCUACUAAAGCGGAACGCUAUCAUGUUUCUGUGGAACAGCAAUCUUUUCUUCAUAAUGACUUUAAAGUUUCAACACAGUCCAAAAACGGAGAGUUAACCAUCACAAGAAAGAAUGAUGUAAAACAGUGUCAUUAUAGAGGAACUUUAAAAAAUGGAAAAGGAAAAAUUAUUUUGACUACAUGUAAAGGCUUACGGGGCGUGUUAAUCGAUGAAAAAAAUAACACUUACGUGAUUGAACCUAUGGGUACAGGAGAUCGGCACAUUAUUUAUCAACAUAAAACGUCGUCAGAGAACCAAACGAAACAUUCAAACGAUGCUCAUCAACACGCACCAGUAAACGAUAUCAUAGUAGAUUCUAAUUCUGAUUGGAAUUACGCAGAGGUGGCUAUCGUUGGUGAUUAUUCCUUUUCCCAACUGCAUUCCAAUGUGGAUGAAGCAAUAUCAUUUGUGAUGUCAAUAGUGAAUUACAUGAAUUAUGUCUACGAAUGUGUUCAAAUAAAAAUCAUUUUAACCAAUUUGGAGUUGUGGACACACUUUGACGCAUUUCACGUAGAUAAAUCAACUUUGAUUUCAAAUAUCGAACAGUAUAACAAUGACGAACUUAUGAUAUCUAGAGGGUGGAAACAUGACAACUUGCAAUUUCUAACAGGGCACGACCUAGGUGGACUUGGCGGCCUUGGAGGUAUCGGAACGAUUUGUAGAGGGGCUUCAAGCAAUGCGUAUGCAAAAGCCACCAACCCUAAUCCGCAUUUGGUGGCUGCUAACGUCGCACAUGAGUUUGGUCAUAGCCUUGGGCUUGGACACGAUCAUGCGGGUUGUCAUUGUCCAACGGAUUCUCAAUGUGUAAUGGGACCAUAUGCGGCAGAAACCUUUGUAAAUGCUCUAACUGACUGUUCACAAAAUGAAAUAAUAAAGAGAAAAAAUGAUGAUUCAUACAAAUGUUUUAAAGAUGUACCUCAAUACACAUAUUCAAAAUCUCGGUGUGGAAACUAUGUUGUUGAAGAAGAAGAAGAAUGUGAUUGCGGUCCAGAAGAACUCUGCACCAGUAAAUGUUGCGAUCCAGCAACAUGCAAACUACUCUCUACCGCUCAAUGCGACCAGGGAACGUGUUGCGAUCAAACAAAUUGUCAGUAUAAACCAGCAGAUACAAUAUGUCGCGCCUCCGGUGGAGAGUGUGAUUUUGAAGAUAGAUGCACCGGUACAGAUGCUUUUUGUCCAGAAGAUGUAUAUCUUGCCGACUACACCUCUUGCAAUUCAAAACAAGGAUAUUGCGUUGAUGGUAGAUGUUCCAAAACUCUCUCAGGACAAUGCAAGCUAAUGUGGGGAACAAAUGCUUUUCAAGCAGUGGAGGAGUGUUUCGUGCAUAACACCCACGGAGGAACAUAUGCUAACUGUGGAAAGAAUGCGGAUAACACAUACAUACCAUGCAAGAUGCAAGACAUCUAUUGCGGAAAGGUUUUGUGUUCCGGAGGAGGUUUGCCCAACUCACCACUAAUUGGAGGUGGAUAUGGUAGCAGUAUAUGGACAGUCAGUUAUGGGAGCAGUCAGUACACUUGCAAAUCUCCAGUUGGUAUGAGUGCGGAACCAGAUCCUUCGUAUGCUCAAGACGGUACUAAAUGCGGAGUGGAUAGCGCUUGUCAUCAUGGGAAGUGCGUCCUUGCGUCGAACGCUACGCAAUCGGCUUGUCGCGGAUUAUGUCAAGAGGGUAAAUGUACCAACACCGGAGCUUGUUUCUGCAAUCCAGGUUUUGGUGGAAGCACGUGUUCAAUUCUAGACAUCACAAAUGCCCAUGGGAAAGUUUACUAUCCAGCGUGUUAUAAGAAGUGCGCCACAGGGAAAUGUGACACAUUGAGUGGAAAAUGUACUUGUCCGCCAGGAAGAGCUUGUCCGGACUGCGCAACUGUCUCUGCAAGAAUUCACACGGAAACUGCAUGUAGUCUGACACCACAGUGUAAAGGAAGUGGUGUCGACUGCGGUGAUAUAUUCUCUGGCGCUUACACGACGUAUCAAUGCGUACAUGCACACAGUUUGACAGAAAACAAUUUUGUGUUGUUACAAUCGUUCAGAGAUAACGUGGACUGGUCAAAUAUGGACGUUUUUGUGAAAAGGAUAACAUGUCAAUGCGCCAGACUUGCUCGUGACGGUGGUUAUGCAAGUUUCGGCAUCCGUUAUUGGGCUGAAUGUUGGGCUUCUAAAGCUACGGCGGCAAACACAGGCACAACCGAAUCUAUGGAAUGCCAAAACACGUCGUUUCAACCGUGUACCGAAGCUGACCAAACAUGUGUAGGAAUGGAUUACUCUAUGUUUCUGUAUGAUUUAAAACAAUAAGAUCGGCACGAUGUAUUAGGUAAUAAGCAAAUUAGCAGAACCUUCGAAAUGUAUGCAUUGAUUGUCCUUACACAGUGUACAACUUAACAACACUAUUUAUCGUUUUUAUUUCAUAUUCUUAAGUUUGAAAGAUAAAAAAAUGCACGCGUUCCCUAUUUAUUAUUCCACAUUUAUUCAUUAAGGUAUUAAACUUGGUUUGUUUGCAAUUCGUUUUUUUUUAAAGAAAUUCGCAAAAUGAAACAGUACUGAAUAAAGAUGACCACUCCAGUUCGCGAAUGUUCAAAGUAUAAAUAACUCAAAUAAGUUGAUCCUUUUUGCACAGUUUCACACUACAAAAUAUGUUUUAACUAGCAUACUACAUUAAGCCGAGGAGGAUAGGAAUAAAGAUUUCUAUACUCCUAGAUUAAGCAGAGACAUUAUUUGCUUAAAGAAACGUAAUCGGGCAUUACAGAACGUUUGAAUGCACAAUUUACAAGGGAAAUUUCAUAACGUCUUUUCGAAACUCUAUAAUCUCUCCUUAUUAUUUUAUACGAAUGUAAAUAAUUGGUUGUAUUUCACAUUUUGUAUUUUAUUUAUAAAGAAAAAAUCGAGUGCACUAUAAAAACAGAA